UUGACAGUGAUUGGUGGUGUGGCAUAAUCUGAGCCAUUUUUAUGGUCAGGAUUUGAAAGAUGAAAUAGGAGAAUUGAGGACUGAGAUUUUUUUAAAGGAGGUGGACAUACUUCAGUAAUGAGUGCAAGAAAACGAAACCGGAAUGGAGAUGUCAUUGGAGAAGAAAGUCGUUAUGCUAAAUCUUCCAAGAGUCAUGGGUCUAAGAAGGUCUCUGUCCCCAGAAAACAAGUGCAGCUAGCACUAAGUAAACCAGCCCCAUUCUCACAUGAUGAAGAGGCCAUAGCAGAAAAUGAGAACUGUGACUAUUCCAUCAAAAUUAGCCUGGAGAUGGCAAAAUCUGGAAAAGCCCCCAGACCAGUAAGAGUGUAUGCUGAUGGUAUAUAUGACAUGUUUCAUUCUGGACAUGCCAGACAACUGAUGCAGGUCAAAAUGGCUGUACCCAAUGCUUACUUGAUUGUUGGAGUUUGUGAUGAUGAACUGACACACAAGAUGAAAGGUCGUACAGUCAUGAAUGAAUCUGAGCGAUAUGAGGCGGUACGACACUGUCGUUAUGUUGACGAGCUUCUCACUGGUGCCCCCUGGACUGUCACAGAUGAAUUCCUAGAAAAACAGAAGAUUGACUUUGUGGCACAUGAUGAUUUGCCCUAUGGAGCAGGAGGCACAGAGGAUAUCUAUAAAGGUCUUAAAGAAAAGGGCAUGUUUCUUGCAACACAGAGGACAGAGGGUAUAUCCACAACAGAUGUCAUAGCCAGAAUAAUUAAAGACUAUGACAUGUAUGUACGGAGAAAUCUCAGCCGCGGCUAUUCUGCUAAAGAUCUCAACGUCAGUUAUAUGAAGGAGAAAAAAAUUCAGUUUGAGACCAACUUCAAUUCGAUCAAAGACAAAGGGAAAGAACUGAUAGACAAGACCAAAGACAAGGGACAUGAGCUCUUACAUCGUUGGGAGGAAAGGUCUAAAGAUUUCAUUGGAAACUUUUUAGAAAUGUUUGGAAGGGAUGGUAGACUGUCAACUUGGAUUCGAGCCAUUUCCCCUCCCAGCAGCCCCACCCCUGACAUGUCUCAGGGAGACUUUGAAGAGGAGGAGGAGGAUAUGGAGGAUUCUUUUGAGACCCCCAAGUCAUUUUCCCCGACAGCUAGUCCUCCCCCGAAAAGAGGACGCAAGUCACCCACAGAAGACCUGGAUGAAGGAACUUCAUAGCUGCUGCUGUCUAGUUUAUUUUAUAUAAUUUCUAAGUCUUAUGAAGCUGUUAUCAAUUAUUAUCUGUUGUUUUUUUUUUUUGGACAUCAUUUAUUGACAUUUUUUUUGUUUUUAACAACUUGAAGCAUCUCUACUAAUGAACUUUUUGUUCUUAGUUUUUGAGUUCAUGGGUAACAGAGAAUUUUUAUUGCUUAAAGCAUUAAAGUGAUUCUUGCCAGAGCUCUCAUGCUUGUUGUCUCAUAUAAUUUAUAUACAGCAAUAUUAUAUUGUAUUGUUUGUAUUAAAUAACUGUUGCUUCCAAUUAGGUGUGUAGCUACAUGUCGUGUACGCAUAUGUACAUGUGAAUGCAACCUGAACAAACUUGUGUGAGGCUAAAUUCACAAUUAAAAUUGUCUAAAAAGCAAUUUAAGCUCACAGUUUUAUAGAUUUUGCUUGCUUUGAGAGGGUAUAUGACACCCAUUCAUGGCUGAUCUAAAAAUUUAUUCUCUCAGCAAAUAUUAUUAUAUACAACUUAAAUGAAAUGUUUAUUUUUUAUGCUAGAAAAGAUUAAGCCUGCAUGCAUUCUUCAAAAGUGACAAAUAUAUUUGUAUUGAAAAGGUUUCCCUUUAAUAUAUGUAAAUAGAAAGAAAAUUUUAAUUGUCAUGAUAACUGUGGGGUUUAUUGCCUAUUUUCAUAUUAAAGUGUUAGUAAUAACUUAUACAGAUCGUUUACUUAUUUACGUUUUUUUUUUUUUUGGUUUUUUUUGUUUGUUUGUUCGUUUGUUUUUUUUUUGUAUAGUUGUGAUAGAAUUGUAAACAAAACCUGAUUUGUAUUCUUUUUAAAUUUAUAAAUUAUAAUCUGCUUGGUGCUGAUUUCUAAUCUUUUAUUGUCUAGUCAGUGAUGAUUUUCUAUCUCCUACAAAUAAGGUUAUGUUGCAGUGAAAUAAAAGGGCAGGUAUCAAAAGCAAAUGUCUUGUGCAAUUUGAAGUUUGGUAUAUUUAAGAAUUUAAAAUGACAUAAUAUGACAGAAUAGAUAACAUUUUUAAUUCAAAACUAUUGUUUUUGUAUUGUCAUGAUAAAUACCUUUAUUCAAAUAUAUUAAAAUUUAUCUGAUGAAGUACAAAUGUACAUCUAUCACCGGUUUCACCAUUAUUUAACAUGACUAAAUGCAUCAUUCAUUUGGAGAAAUUACUUGUAUCAUGUGUAAUAGUAUGCAUCAUGCAUGCAAAAGUGAUAUAAAUAAGAAUUUUCAGUGGUUUGCAGUAACUCUGCAUAUCAUUCAGUGAUAUCUAAAGGAAAAUGUAUACAUACUUUACAUUCUUUAUUAUAUGGCAUAUAUAGAAAACAUUUUUUUUCUUCUUGCUAACAGAUAAUUCUGUUUUGAAAAUAAAAAAUGUAAUAAUGAAUCAUUGAGUCAUAGUAGUUGUUUAUAUGUUUGUUUGAAAUGGUGUAAUAAUGAUUGCAUCUUUUGCUAGGUUUGUAAAAUUUACGGAUUUUAAAUAACAAUCACAAUAUUCUCAUUUUACAAAUUAUCUUGUCAAAGUUGAGAUUUGUCAUUUAGGUGCCUCAUGGGUUGAAAACAAAUUGAAGAAGUCAGGAAAUGCUUUUUAAAGGGAAAUAACUCCUGUAUUUCUCUCUGGAAAUAUGUUAAAUUUUUAUUGGAUUGUCAGUCAUUUUGAAUUUUGAAAAAUUUUACAUUAAAAAUCAGCAUAUAUUUAUUUUACAUAUAGUAUGUGUCAAUUAAAAUUUGAAUUUUUGUUGAAUAUUAUCUUUAUAAAAUAAAGUCAAAUGUCUCAAACUUAAUAA